AUGUACCAUGCCUUUUCUUUCCCAAUGACUGCGGAGCGCAGUCGGAAUAAGGAGCGCCUGGAGGCCAGUCUGGCCGGACUCUGUGAGCUGGAGCUCCGCAAGCAGAGGCAGGAGUGCCUGGUCCUCGGUGCUCUGUCCCUGGGGGAGCCCAUGCUCGAAAAUUCCACAAGGAACAAGCUAUCUGGUUUCAACAGCUGGGGGCAAGAUAACUUGACAUUGAGACGUCAACUGGUAAGAAGUUAGAGAGAUGGGGGUAGUUUGGACAUUGUUGCUUUUUUAUCUGGCAAAUAGGUACGCUAAUAUACUUCGUAGAAACAUUGUUCCAGAGCGCAGAAUGGCUACUCGCCAAGGGUGGUCGGUCGCCACCGCGAUUAACCCCCAUUGUACCCCUAGGCUCUACAUGGAGGGAUAGGCUACAUAGCCUAUAUAAAAUACGUUAAAAAAAAUGUUUACGGUUAGUGGACAAUGCAUUGGUGGGGUGCGCCUAUUGCUCAGCGACGACACUUAUCUGCAAGAAAAGUUACUUAACUUGAUUAAUGGUAUCCCCAUCUGAAAGGAUCUAAUCGUUCCCAUCCUUCGGGCGCAGAUUUAUGCCUUGGGGUAACGAAAUGGGGGGUGGAGCGGUCCACGGUUUAACGACCCAUUGUUCCCUGCAUGAUCCCUGCAUGACCAGAGAUUUAUGUUGUAUUUUACUUAGCAAGUGUUUAUACCUAUUAAUUCGUCGACUUUUCUUUUUCAAAUUCGUUUAUAACGGGAGAUGAUGGGCUAUGUGAAUAGUUACAUUUCUAUUAAAUCAAUUUUGAUAGGCCUAUGUCUUUAUAUGAUAUUAAUAGCAUAGCAUCAUAUAUAAUUUAGAUAUAAGUUUUAAGGCACGUUUCUUUAGCCUGUGGAGAUUUUCGACGUCCUUACGGGAACUAGCCUAUAGGCAAGGAUGGAUUAUGCUGCCAGAGGUGGGCGUGAUGCGUGUCCCACCACUCAAGAGAAUCCGACCAUCCAACCCAUGUUAUCCCAAAUAAUAAUAAAAAAGAUCUCUAGCUAUCCAUGAUGGAAACUAUUACACAUGCAUAGCAUUAGCCUAUUAUAGAGACAAUGGGCUUAAAAAAUAAAUAAAACAUAUCUUCAAACAAUACAUGUUUUCUUUGGAAUGAAUGGGAUGUCACAAUUUUCUCCUUAUGCCCAACUUUCUCCCUCUAUCCUUCAAAAAAAAAGACUCACAGGCUUAGUAGCCUUCAGACUACACUACACCCUCGACUCGCACACGGCCCACUGUCUUCAGUAGAAAGCUCCUAUCAACGAUGGUGAAAUAAAUUAAAUCAGCCGCGUUAUCCUCCUCCAGCCUCCCCCCGAGUUCCUCUCCUCUGCCGCGGCCCAAACAAUAGGCGCAUAUGGAGCGGAAUACUAAUGAACCCGAGGGCCUUGGUGCGCAGACAGGGGAAUCAUGCCGCCACUUUGAAAGCACAACUGUAACAGAUCACCAAUGAGAUGUCAACGCAGAACAAACUGGCUCCGCUUCGAAGGAGUGGUAAAGACUAUUUCUUAGACUGUGCGUGGAGUGACUGCCCCUAAAUGCCGCAUAUAUUCUCACAAUGUGCAGUGCGCAUUUCAUCAAAUCAUUCCGGUUGGUCCAUUUGAGGGAUCUGUCAUUUGGAUCGAUGGAUAUUAACUACAUUGUCGAUCCAUGCAAAUUCAUUGGAGGUUAUUGGUUGGAGAAUUAUCUGACAUCAAGGUCUAAUUGAACCACCUUUAUUCAGCCCAUCUACCCAAACAUCACUUCUCCGUGUGUCACCACUGGACCCAAUCUCAUAUUGCAUGUAGAGAGUCUAUGUUGUGUGGAGGCUUUAAGGCAGGUUCACACAGAAGCAGCUGACCCAUGCUGCCCUCUCCUGUCCUGUCUAUAGGCCAUUGGCCCAGUGUGGAGGUGCUGACAGACAUGCCAUGCCAGACAGCAGCUGGUAAAGCACAAGACAUUGACUGCACUCUGAGACACCCUGCUGUGUGUGUUUGGAGAUCUCAAGCAUUAGCAAGCCUGUGUGUGUGUUCAUAUGUACUGUAUGUGCAUGUGCUUACGUGUGUGUGUGUGUGUGUGUGUGUGUGUGUGUGUGUGUGUGUGUGUGUGUGCAUACAGCUGCGUCGCUAUUGAUCUAUGUGCUUGGCCUCAGUUUGUGGUGAUUUGGGCAUGUCUAAGACGCCGUGUGCCCCUGUGUCUUCCGUAGAGUGCCACAUCAUUAGUGAGAGUACCCCUCUCAGCAGUGAGUGACUGAUGUCUGGGUGGGUGAGAGCGUCCUGGGCCUUUGUCCCUUAACAUCCCCCUUCUUCAUUAGCCAGCUUCCCCCUGAGCUGGAGGCUCUUAGCAGCUGUGUCACCUGAGCACUGACUGACUGAUUGGGAAGUCAAGCUGGAUAGAGUCCAUUCAGAGCCAGUUGUCUCUGCUGGGGAGGCAGGCCACGGAGGCCAGAGUAUGCAGCUUGCAUGCCCCAUUCACGCCUGUUAUGUAAACAUGCAUGCACAUGCAUGCGUGUGUGUGCUUGUGUCUGUGUGUGAACGGUGGCUUAGUCAAGCGGUGGAGUAGUGGGGGCCAGGGUGGUGUUGUGUAGCAGUAGUUUCCGGCCUCCCACAGUCCUCUCCCUUUGGUGCCAGUCACAACAUUGCUUUAAUUAUAGAGGGGCUGUGUGCCCGAUUCCAUGGCUCCCCGUCUCACUGCCACCGAAGCUGCCUGGCUUCUCCCCUUCCCAUCCCCCUCUCCUACGGAGAGAGCACAGGAUGCAAUAACAUAGUAAUGACACCAGGCAGUGUGCGGUAUGAGACCUGGGAGCCAGGAGGCGUCAAUUAAUAGUGCAGCAGAAUCAAAGGUAUCGUCAUGAAAGGGAACCCGCCUGAGACCCCUCCAGAGCUACACACUCUGGAAGUCAGCAGUAUGUUUACUGUGUGUUUGUUUGUGUGUCCUCAAAGAUUUGUUUGUGUUCUGUGUCAUUACAUUUGAAUUAGCCAGCCUGUCACAGUGUCUGCUAGUUCUAGAUCCACGUGAGCCUAGCAUGUCGGAGGACCUAGGCCUAAUGAUCCAUUGUGUGAAAGUGUGUCACGGAUAAAUUGAUUUCCAAUACACUCUCUUCCUCUCUCUCUUUCUUUCCUACCUUCCUUGUGUUCUUUCUUUUCUCGCACUCAGGUUGCUAUAAAACCUAGAGAUCUCUUCCACUUUCCUAUUAGUAACCACCAUAAUACAAUGAUUUUGUAUUUGAUAUUAGCUUAGUGGCAGAAAACAUCUCUCCAAUAGGUUUUAUUGCAUAAUGGAUGCUUAGGCAGACAGUCUGGCUUGGGUCUUUUGGCUGUUCACAAACACAGAACUGCUAUCACACUGAUCUAUUCUAGUCUGCCUUAGACAAAGGACCCAGAAUCCCAGCAAUUAUUCCAGCGCUGCUGAGUGACUAAAAAAGCAGCCAUCCUCAUAACCAGAUAUGUUGCUGCUUGUUUUUUUUUUACUCAGCAUCCAUCUGGUGGUCCUCUGUAGCUCAAUUGGUAGAGCAUGGCGCUUGUAACACCAGGGUAGUGGGUUCAAUCCCCGGAACCACCCAUACGUAAAAAUGUAUGCACACAUGACUGUAAGUCGCUUUGGAUAAAAGCGUCUGCUAAAUGGCAUAUUAUUAUUAUCUGAAUAGGAAAGUUGGGAUCUACAGUAUGUGGUGUGUUUUUAUACAGUCUAGCUAACAUACUGUACGCUCAUUUAAUUCAAGGAAUAAUUUCCCCUCCCCGCCACAUCCUGAUGGAGGCAGCUUGCUGCUGAAACCCUGGUCACUUUUAAUAAAUAAUUUGUAUCCCAGCAGUGUACAGCUACAUCCUUUUUUAAGUAAGCCCCUUCCACACACACACACACACACACACACACACACACACACACACACACACACACACACUCAGACACACACACACACAAACACUGUGCAUAAAGCGACUCCUGUCAGUUGUCUAACAGCCUCUCCAUCCCCAAGACUCUGUAAUUUAGAGUGUCACAUCAUUUUGCUGAUGUCUUUUAAUGACAUAAUUUAAUGUAGCAAGAGUCAUAACAGGCAAAUUGAAGUGUGUGAGUGUGUGUGUGUGCGUGUGCGUGUGUGUGUGCUGGGGAGGCCAUGUGUAGCUAGUGUUUGUUGGCUGUGAGUGCUACUCAGAUGACCUGCAAUUGCCUGGCUGAUUGAACAAGCAUGUCCAAUUGCACAUUUUCCUCCUCCCCUGGUGUAUGAUGUGUGUCCUGCUGCGUGUGCAUCCACAAAAAGAACAUCUCAACACAGUUCCCAGAACAGUGAAUCAUUCAUGUUCCAGCUGGCUGCAUCCUCAGGUAUCUUACGUAACUGGGAUGGGGCUAUAGGAGCAUGCAUUUAGCCCAUGCAGCCAUGCACACUGAUGUCUAUAGGCCUAUACUACUGCCACUAUCCAAAGGUGGGAAGAAAACAUUCUUUAUAAGGUUAUCUGUUUAAGGUUAAUCGUGUGUUUUGGUCUUCCAAUUAAAUGGAUGAAAAAUUACUACACUUGGUCAUAAUUCACAUUGACUUAUAAUGAUGUAUGUCUUGGGGUGUGUGUGAUCAUGCCUGUGUGUUGGUCUGUUUCAGAGUGCGCUCCAGAGCUCCCCCUGGGGUAAGAUGCUGGCACUGGAACAGCAGGUGGGCGAGCUGAGAGUGGACACAGAUGACGUCACCUAUGAGGGGACCCAAGGGAACACGGGGGACAGUCGGCCCAGCUCAGGUACUCCUCAUGCUACCACUUCUCAAUUUCUGACCUCUGAACUUGAACCCCUGAACCACAUCAGAGGGGCAUGGAGUACUUAUAUUUUUCUUAAUGUAGACACUGUAAUUUACCUUAUUUUUGUGUGUGUAUUUGACCCAUGUUCUGUAUAUUUUCUGUAUACUAUUUUUACAUGGAUCGUGGCCCUACAUUUCUUUGAAGUACAUGUAUAAUGACUUUAACAUUUAAUUAGUUUUUGACAAAUGUUGUUUUUAUGCCCUACUUUCUACUGUUAGUGGUUCUGUGGUUUGUGAAAGAGCGGAGACGUUGAAAAUUAGUUUAGUCAACAUAUGGUUUGAGAAAGCCUGAAAGAGCUGAGGUUUAAUGCGUGACAUCAUCUGUGUUUGCCAGGGUUCUAUGAGUCGAGUGAGGGCCAGUCUCCAAAGGGGCAUUCCUGUCCCUCUGAGUUCCCAGAGCCCCCCCCUGGCUGGGGCUACAGCAGCACUGAGAGGCCCAAGUCUCUGAGUGAGUUCAGCUCGACUCUCACUAUCAACAGUUCUCUUUCAACCCCAAUAGGGUUCAUGGUAUCAUAGAACAAUACCAUGGACUGUCUUAACUUUAUUACAUCAUUAUUAGAGUUGCAUUAGGUACUGGUAUCAGUAGUAAAGAGCAGCCUGGCGAACUCCAUCUCCUCCUCCUCCAGCAUCAACAGGCAGAGCAGCCUGCGAAGGAAACCCCCUCUUCACACCCCCGAGCACUGCAUCCCUGACCCACAGGACCUCUACCCUGACCCUGAGUGCCAGGCCUGGGGGUGUGACCCUCUAGACGGGGAGGCGUGGGGGGUAGAGGCCCCAUCCAUGGAGGAGGACUGUUAUCUGUCUUUACCCUACCCUCCCUCCAGACCCCACUCCCUGGCUGGGGGGCAUCCACCCUCCCUGGACCCCCCUUGUGGAGCUCUGGACCCUUGUUUCAGUAGUGAGUCUGAUUCCCCCCAGCACUACCUACUACCCCACUCCCCAGCUUCACAUAACCACCUUGUCAGAGCCCAGUACAUCCCUGGGCAGCCUUGCCACGCCCCUGUACGCUCCCCCUCACACUGUCCUCCAGAACACUCCCCCUCACAUUAUCCUCCAGAGCCUUCCAAGCCCAGCCGAACCUUUGUGUCCCCAGACCAAAGCAGCUCAAAGCCCAGAGCCACGGGGAAGAAGAGUCAUGAGGAGAGACAGAGCUCCAAGAAGCCUGGCCACAAGACCUGCCGCUCCCAGUCUGAGAACAGUCUGAUGGGGCAGAGGGCUUUCCCUAAGCGCAGGUUCAGCACAGCCGAGCGCCCCCAGAACCAGAGGGGCCAGGGUCCACACACAGGCCCCCAGCACAGCAACACCGCUGGGGGGCGACGCUGGUGCUCCACCCUGGAGCUCAGCCAGGAGGAAGGGAAGACCAAGGGUGAGCAGGCCCACAGAUGCCCACAUCGUAGGGCCCGCCUCACCCAGGCCUGCGCUCAUCCCAACCCCAACCAUCACUCCCAGGUCCAUGCCCAGCCUCGCCUCUCAGAGUACCCAGAGAGAGCACCUCUGUGUCGUGGAGAGGACGGCUAUGUGCAGGCUGACCCUGGGGAGUCAGAGUCCAGCAUGAGUGAGGUGUACUCCCCUGCCUCCAGCUCCCUCUCCAGUGACUCCGAUGAGGGGGGGCUGGUGUGGCCCCAGCAGCUGCCCCCUCGCCUGGCCCCCUCCUCUUCCUCCUCUUCCUCCUCCCAUCAGGCCUCCUCAAAGGCCUCCUCGCAGCCCAAGGCCUUUGUUAAAAUCAAAGCCUCUCAUGCCCUGAAGAAGAAGAUUCUGCGAUUCCGCGCCGGCUCUCUCAAAGUCAUGACCACAGUCUGA